AUGGAAAGUCGCAGUUAGCGUCCCCAUUGAAAGGAGGAUGAAAUGUUACUCUGAUUGCUUGUAAAAAUAUUGUUUGAGGAUUAUUUUUCCCGUUAAAUACCCAACUCCGGUUACUUAUGAAACAGCCCGGAAUUAAACCACACGCUCCCAUUUCUCGGCAGUGAAAAAUAUAAGAAAAACCACAACUAAAGCUCCCCGGCGAAAUCUAACCGUAUAACCUCAACUUAACGUCGGCUUCACACUCCAUUGUAUCCUGUUUUACAAUUGGAUCGUGCUAAACACGUAAAGAAAAAGAGCGUGAAUCUAACACUUCCUAUGCCGGUAUGAUAUCUCCCUAUCAAGGCUCUUCUGAUGGACCCACUCGCUGCUCCAGUCGUUUGUAACCACGAGAGUACUCCCACCGUACACCUGGAAGAUAAGGAUAGAGGGAGAAACAAAUCGAGAGAAAAAACGAACAGAACUUCUAGAGAGAGGAACAGAGUACUGUGGAGAGAGAAAGACUCUGAAGAAGAUCUGAAAUCGAACAACCGAAGAUGGAGGAAGGAUUUUGUUCUCUAGAUUUGUUGUGUUUCUAGUUGGAUUAAGUGGUAAAAACUUUGGGAGCUUUCAAGUUUGGAAGGUGAAAUUAGAGUUUUUGGUGCGGAGGUAGUUAAACUGUAGUUUGGAUUGAUUGGAGAAGGUGAAUUGUUUGAUUAGAGACUGGAAAAAGGGGAAAUUAGGGUUUUAAACCCUAAUAUAUAUGUAUGGAUUCGGGGACAGUGGUUGGAGAAGGAAAAGACGGUGAGAGAGAGAAGCAGAGGUACAUGGAGAGCAAGGUUUAUACUAGGAAAGCUUUUAAGGAUCCCAAGAAAAACAGUCUUCUCACCACCACAACCAACAACAUCAACGUCAACAGCGCUGCUGUCAGCACAACCGCCGCCUCUGAUACUGUGAAGAACGAGGAUAACUCCAAUGACAAUAACAACAGCGAAAACAACAACAACAACUCCGCUGAAGCACCAGCUCAUCCUCUGCCAUUAGGGUAUGGGGAUCCAGCUGACCAACAGCCUGCUCCGCGCGUAGAUACUGCAGUGUCUGAUGACUCUUCAAGUCCUAACAAGAAGCAGGUUGUGGCAGGCAACGGAGCUGUGAAGCCCAGUUCUGAGAACCGGGUGAAGUUCAAUUUGGCUUCAAGGUCAAAGCAGGAGAUGCAGGAACUGAGGAGGAAGCUGGAGACUGAGCUUGAUUUGGUGAGGAAUUUGGUGAAGAGGAUUGAAGCUAAAGAAGGCCAAAUAAUUGGGUUUAAUAAUUUCCGUGUUCCAUUGAAUGACAGUCUUGAUUAUGGAUUCAAGAGGUUUCAACCAGAGGUGGCUUCAGUGGGUAUUUCUAAGGAGCCUGUUAAGCAAUCAAGGUCUUUGAACCAGUUGAAUAUUUCUGUCUUGGAAAAUAGUCAGGGUGCAAAUGAAAAUUUGGAGAAGGAGAAGAGAACACCUAAGGCCAAUCAGUUCUAUCGAAAUUCUGAGUUUUUGCUUGCAAAAGAUAAGUUCCCGCCAGCUGAGAGUAACAAGAAAUCGAAAUUGAAUGGAAAGAAGCAAGGAGGAGGUGAAUUCACUCAUGGGUUUGGUAUAGGUAACAAGUUCUUUAAGAGCUGUAGUUCUUUGCUUGAAAGACUAAUGAAGCAUAAGCAUGGUUGGGUCUUUAAUACUCCUGUUGAUGUCAAGGGUUUGGGUUUGCAUGAUUACUAUAGUAUCAUUGAGCAUCCAAUGGAUUUGGGUACUGUGAAAUCAAGCCUUAACAAGAACUGGUACAAGUCACCUAGAGAGUUUGCAGAGGAUGUGAGACUGACAUUUCGCAAUGCCAUGACAUAUAAUCCUAAGGGACAAGAUGUUCAUGUAAUGGCCGAACAGUUAUCAAAGAUAUUUGAGGACAAAUGGACUGCUAUAGAGGCAGAUUAUAUUCGAGAUAUGAGACUUGCAAUAGAAUAUGAAGUGAGUCUUGCUAUGCCAACACCCAGAAAGUCACAUCCAAUGCUACCACCACCGCUUGAUAUGAGAAGGAUCUUGGAUAGAUCAGAGUCGAUAAUACGUCCUGUUGACGUGAGACGAAAACUGAUUGUUACUACUCCAGGUAGGAGCCCUACUCCAAAAAAGCCUAAGGCAAAGGAUCUGUAUAAGAGGGAUAUGACUUAUGAGGAGAAGCAGAAGCUUAGCACUAACCUUCAGAGUUUGCCUUUGGAGAAGCUGGACAACAUUGUACAGAUUAUUAAGAAAAGGAAUUCAGCUCUCUUUCAACAUGACGGUGAAAUUGAAGUGGAUAUUGACAGUGUGGAUACUGAGACUCUCUGGGAGCUAGAUAGAUUUGUUACCAACUACAAGGAAAGUUUGAGCAAAAACAAGAGAAAAGCUGAACUUGCCAUUCAAGCUGGAGCAGAAGCUGAGCAGAUUGCACCAGAGAAGUUGCAGACCCCAGCUCCUGUUUUGGUGGAAGUGCCAAAAGAAGCCACAACUGAUGAGCAGAAUAUGUCCACAUCACCUGCUGAAGUGGAAAAGCACGGACAUAAUGCUAGUAGGUCUAGUAGUUCCAGUAGCUCUAGCAGUGAUUCUGGGUCUUCUGCAAGUGACUCUGAUGGUGAAAGUUCCUCAGCGUCUGGGUCUGAUGCUAGACAUUCACCAUUGUCUUGAAUGUUUUUGAUUCAGUGGCUGAUCUAAGAAUUUAGAGUAGGUGCUGAUCCAUUGUGAUCCUGAAGCUUUCCAGAAUCUCUUUUAUGAAAUUGAAGUAGCAUUUGGAGUAGUUUAUGGUGCCUGGAACUCGAAGGGUUCCAUCCAUUUAGCCACUGCAGAGUGCAGAGCGGGUCUGUUUCUGCUUUUGUUGGAAGUCGAAACUAGGCUACAACACUCUCCAUGUGGACAAUCUGUAUAAUAUGGGUAGAAUGUGGUGUCCAUGGUUAGGAAAAUUUAGGUUUCUUUUACGUGGCACGUGUACAUUGCUAACUGCUGCUACUCAUCCUUAGUUUCAGGGGGCUUUUCUUUUCUUUUUUUUUUUUUUUUUGGGUUUAUGGUGUGGCAGAUUCAGGAGUCUUCGAUGUUAUAUACAGAAAAUUGCAUUGUAAUUCAAGUUAUGAAUUCAUAAUUGCUUCUCAUGAAAUAAUUAGUGAUUGGUUGUCUUAUUUGUUGGCACUUGGCAUCUCUCUU